AUGGACUCUACAUACCUUACCAGACAGCGCGGAGCUAGUCGUGAUCCCCGACGUGCUGGUAGAACUAACCAAGGAGCCGGCCAUGAUGAUAGACAGCAGCAUCACUACCGAAUCCAACAACACCAGCACCAAAGCCAACAUCACCACCAGGUAAGCACCACUCUACUACGAAUUACAUGUCUCCCACUGCUGGAAGAUGUAUUUGGUGAUAUUUUAACUGCAUCUGAUACCUCCUAUCUUCUCAUCUUGUUCUUUAGCAUGUCACUCUCAUAUUAUAUAUACCAGUCCAAGAACGAAUCCCUUUUGACCAAUGACUGA